UCAGAAGCGACUCGUAAGCAACAACAAUUGGGUGUAAUUUCACACCCUGACCACGACGACCGAACGUGUGCGGACGAUGGACGGCGAAGGAAAUGGGUCACUCCCUGGGCAACAGAUGCCGCCCGCCUACAACCAAGAGCGGAACAGACUGUGAGCCAAGCCGCACCUCACCCUACUUCUUCGUCGUUGCGAUCAUCCCAUCUUCCUGACCCGAGUCCAUGGACUUGGGUUGAUUUUGCGAGUCUCAUCUGCUGACUCGCCUCACCCUUUCUGCAUGGCCCCUUCGUCAUCCUCUCGCCUAGCCUUGACUGACGAUGGAUUGCGAUACAGGAAAUACGAGCUGACGAUGCGGCAGGAACCGAAGCAGGCCAGAAUGUGUGGAAUCGGAGGUAAAGCGGACCGCAGACCUAUCGACCCCCCGGUCAUCGUCCAGCUGCGGGUCAUUGAUACGGCCGCCCCACCGCCGCCGCCUACCCCGUCGCCAUCCUCGCCCUCCACGCCGGAUGCCGAGCCGCCGUACCACAACCUCGCCUCAUACGCGUCGAACUUCCUGAACAAUCCGUAUUACUUUAUGUUCGCCUCGCUUGCCAAGCCGGAUGAGGACGAGGAGCUGCACUGGCUCAAGGACGGGAAGACACGAUACACGACGGGCAGCAUCGUCAGCUCGCUGUACUCGCUCAAGGAUCCAAGCCUCGUGCCGGACGGCGACGACAGCGAUGGGCAGGGUGGGGAUGUCGGGUUUUUCGUGUUCCCUGAUCUGUCGGUGAGGACGGAAGGAUCCUACCGAUUGAAGUUGAGCUUGUACGAGGUCGUCGGCAACGACGUGCAGCACUGCAAAUCGAUAUUCAGCGCCCCUUUUUUCGUGUACACCGCGAAAAAGUUUCCAGGGGUGGAGGAUCAAGGGAUCAAAAUCCGUAUUCGCAAGGAUAUUCGGAUGCGCAAGACGCGUGCGGGUCUGGCCCAGGGCAUCUCGGAACUGGAAACUUUCGGGUCCCCGGGCCCCAAUGCAGCUCGGGGUGGAGGAUUGAUUGGCCCGCCACCGGACGAGGCCGGUGACAUGCCCACUGUCGAUCCAGAUCCCCCGCUGGACGAUGAAGGCGAGUCGCAUCGGCCGACCAAGCGAAGUAGAACCGAAGAGCUUAGUGCCAACUCCACUGGCGUUCCACCCGUAGGCGCGCCUUGGCCGUCUGUCAUUCCGCCGCCUCCGGGCGCUCAGAUCCAAGGGCCGCUGCCUAUCCAGCAACCGCAGGUACCAGCGGUCAUUCCUCCGCCACCAGUAGGCUCGGCGGAGCCUGCACCGCCGUCGUUGUACGAACCUCGGCCCCCUGCAGUGUCGUAUGAGCAGUACAAUCAACCUAUACGCCAUAUCCCACCCCCUGCGCCGUACAACCAGCCCCCAGGGCCCCCAGUGUAUCGACCCGAACAAUCGACGCCGGGACCGCCUCCCGGAGGGCAUCCUUAUCCACCGCAGUAUGGCCAACAGCCGCAGCCACCACCACCGCCGCAGCCUCAGCCGCCGCAGCCGUACUACUAUCCGCCCCCAUGGGCCGAUCCGUAUGGUGGUCAAUACGCCGCUCCUCCUGUGCAUGGAUACUACGGACCGCCGGCACCGGCACCCGCUCCGACGGCGCCUCCACCUCCUCAGUAUGGUGCACCAGCCCCGUACUAUAACGAGUAUGCGCCCGGCUAUCAGAAUCAGCAGCAACAAGUGUCUCCACCGCCGCAAGCCUCGAAUUCACUACGACCGCCGCCAAUUCCUGUGGCGCCGCCUCCCCAGUAUGGAUAUCGGCCCUAUCCUCCAGGAUUCUACGGAUAUCCCCAACAGCAGCAGCAGCAGCAGCAGCAGCAGCCACAGCACGAAGCACAUGCUUGGGGAACGCCUCCGUCGUUCGUUCCGCCGCCCGCGCAGCCACAGCCCUGGGGCACUCCGGGCGAAUACCCAGCGCCAUCGCAGAUCCCCCCGCCUCCCGGAGCGCACAUCGUUUCCCCGACGACCGGAUUGCCCGGCCCCAACCCGCCGGUGCCGAUCACUCCGCAGCGUGUCGGGGUGCGUAGAGAGCAGCACCCAGGGAAGAAGAAUCCGUUGAGUAUCGGGAGUAUCAUUUCGGACGAGUAGGCUCUUCAUUCUCCAUCCCGUUUGGCGGACAUCCGUCUGUUCCUUGUGCUGUAUUCAUACCGUGUUAGCUGCUCUGAUGGCUGUAUUGCGUAGUCGCUUACUUAGAUCCUUUUGUAUAUAACUUCAUUGUAUUGUCUGCCAAUGCAUUCCGAAAUACCAAGCGGGUACCGAGAAACUCUGUACUAGUCCUGGCUUCUUCGUCUAUGCUGAAUGCGGCCUAGGUAAGCUACCUCGUUGGACAUCCGCUUCUGAUGACGAUGGCGCGCUGCUCGAGAUCGGAAGAAGAUUCUUCUCCCCCACGUCGUCAUCAAUCCGAAGUUUCUCCAACGCGGAAGAAAGCACAAGCUGCCGAGGUGUCUGCCCCCUCUCGGGUCAACUGCAUGGUAGAAGGGCUGCCAAAGUGCCCACUCUCCAACGCAGAAGAAGAAGAUCCGGGGAAGUCGAGACUGAUGGAACGAAGCCCCCGAAGUGGACGCGGAUGGAAUGUCUCGUGGCUGCUCAGUGUUCUCGGAUGCAGGUUCGCAGAGAAGAUAACCCGCGUCCUGCAAGUGAAUGAAUGACGGGGUGCGGAGACAGUCGGGUAAACUGCGCCAGCUUGUUACUCCGAGGUAUGCGGCAGUCUCACGCAGCCCAUGAGCGGCCAACAGGACGCAGGAGAUAGCACGGAGCAGUUUCCUGGAUCUCGGGCGGAGGAAUGGCGGAUGUGAGCCCUGGGGCAUAUGCUCUUCAGUGCGCGCAGUAUGCGAGCUUCACUGUAUCAAUCGACGACUUGACGACGACCGCAUUCGAGACUCGAUGCCAGUACCACGGACGCGCGAGCAAAGGUGGACCUGGAGGAUAACUUUCCGUGUCUAUCAAAGGAUUUAUCCGAGUCCCACCCGACGAAAGGACAAGAGAUAUUCGUUUCAAAUCAGGCAGAUGGGCCGCGGGUCAGAGUCAUAAUCUGUUGCACAGUUCCGAAAUCCAACGUCAUACAUACAUCCAGGAGCGUUCGAUGGAUGCGUAGAGCUCGUGACACUGUUUCGAGCAUCACUAGCCGUUCGAGCUCGUCGCUGCUUGCCGGACGAGACUUGUUGAGAGAAUGAAAAUCUCUGGGGAAAAGAGUCUAUUUGGUGAGCGAGCUGUUUCCGUGCAGUAAUUGGGAGGGCAAUAGCCGUCCAUGGCCAUGAAAAUUGUGAGGGAUGGCAAUGUGUCCCCGUGACAGGGGUGAUUGACAGCCAGCCGUUUUCGGUUUCCCCCUCCAAUGCUCAAGGAUAUUUGCCCGUGAGAUGCA